GGCGAAUAGGGAAGUAGCGCAAGUCUUGGGAUCGCUCCGCUGAAUCCGCCUGCGCGUCGCCACCGUCGCUGCCGCCGCCCCCCGUCCCGGGCCCCCCCUCCCUGGGUUCCCUCAGCCCAGUCCGGUCCAGCCCGGUUCCCGGGAGGAUGAAGUUCGUGUAUAAAGAGGAGCAUCCGUUCGAGAAGCGCCGCUCUGAGGGCGAGAAGAUCAGAAAGAAAUACCCGGACCGGGUCCCGGUGAUAGUAGAAAAGGCUCCCAAAGCUCGGAUAGGAGACCUGGACAAAAAGAAAUACCUGGUGCCUUCUGAUCUCACAGUUGGGCAGUUCUAUUUCUUGAUCCGGAAGCGAAUUCACCUCCGAGCUGAGGAUGCCUUGUUUUUCUUUGUCAACAAUGUCAUUCCACCCACCAGUGCCACGAUGGGUCAGCUGUACCAGGAACACCAUGAAGAAGACUUCUUUCUAUACAUUGCCUACAGCGACGAAAGUGUCUAUGGCCUGUGAAGCUGCUGCGCCUGUAGUGGGGGGUCCCAUUCUACAUA